AUGUUCCACUGCCGGCCGCGGGCGGCAUGGUAUCUGAUGGUCACCAUCCUCUCGCUAUGUUCGCUGUCCACCGCAGUUGCGCUCGAACCAAGAGCGGCUGCUCCUCCAUCGCCCAUAUCUUUCGCACCCGACCAAAACUGGGACGGCAUCGACGGGCCGUGGUCGUCGUUCACACUGCGUGUAGGCACUCCGGCGCAAUAUGUCCGCGUCUUCGCAUCGACUGGCAGUCAGCAGACCUGGGUGGUACUGCCACAAGCAUGUCAAAACUACCCCGAUCGUGAGCAAUGCCGAGAGGCUCGAGGCGAUGACUUUGUCGUAAACGCAUCCUCGACCUGGAACGAGAUAGGGAAUUUCCAUCUUUGGAUUGGGGCCAAUCUGGGGCUGGAAGGUAUCGCUACCUAUGGAUACGACACUGUGGGCUUGGGAAUGGAGGGGGAAGGAGGUCCCACACUGUUGAACCAGACUGUGGGAAGCUACACAUCGGAGGACUUCUUCUUGGGCGUUUUCGGCCUGCACCCAAAGCCGACCAACUUCAGCACCUUUGGCGAGCCAUCGCCAAGUUAUAUGAGCAAUCUGAAGGAGCAAAGUCUUAUUCCUAGCCUGUCGUACGGCUAUACAGCGGGGAACCAGUACCGUCUGCGAAAGGUCCUGGCAAGCCUCACGCUCGGCGGGUACGAUGCAUCGCGCUUCGAGCCCAACGGUGUCUCAUUCACCUUUGCACCGGACAACGAGCGGGAUCUAGUGGUCGGUCUCCAGGCGAUUUCCAUGAGCGAUAGUACGCGACAGAACGUCAACCUCCUGCCGACACCGCAUUACACGUAUAUCGAUUCAACGUACUCGCAGAUCUGGCUUCCCAUCGAUGCCUGCCGAGCAUUUGAAGACGCGUUUGGUCUGAUAUACGAUGACGUGACGGAACUCUACCUGGUCAACGACACGCUUCAUGAGACUCUGCUAGCGCAGAACGCCAGCAUUGCUUUUACGCUUGGCACUACUCUCUCGGAAGCGAAUCAAGUAGUCAACAUUACGUUGCCAUAUGCAGCGUUCGACCUCACGGCUCUGCCAUACUAUCAGGGUCUUGUUAAUGCGACACAAUACUUUCCACUCCGACGGGCGCAGAACGAGACACAGUACAUCCUGGGCCGAGCAUUUCUCCAAGAAGCCUACAUCACCGUUGACCAUGAGCGAUCCAACUUCUCCGUCUCGCAGUGCGUCUGGGAGUAUGGAGCGGCGCAGAACAUCAUCGCCAUCCCGUCUCUCGAGAGGGCCUCGAAUGCGGGCACCGGCGGGCAGCCUCCAGGUUCUACCUCUUCAUCUCUCAGCACAGGCGCUAUAGUCGGCAUUGCCGUCGGUGCGGCAGCUGCCACAGCCCUAAUCGCACUGCUCAUCUUCUUGCUUUGGUGGAGGCGUAGGAAGCAGAAGCCGAAGCCUGGGGAUGAGGCGUCCUCCGAUGGCUCAUCAACCUCAGAAUCUCCAGAGCCACCUGAAGAGCAAACCGACAACGUGAUUCCCAAAGCCGAACUUGACGCGACUCAAGUUUCGCGCCACGAGAUCGACAGCACUUCGAAGCUCGAUCGGGCUCCUGAUGGCCUAGCAACCCCCGGCACGCCAGCCAGCCCCUACCCCAGCGAGGUCGAAGCCGCACAGAAGGUAGUAUUCGAAAUGGAAGGCGAUAUCCCGGCCCGCCCAGAAGCAGACGGUCGCCAGCUAUCCGAGAAAGAAGGGAUGAUGUUUAGAGAAAAGAAAUACAACGGCGUCGACAGCACUCCCGCUCCAUCGCCUACCACCCCGACGGUCGAGAGUAACAGGAGACGGGCGCCAGUCUCGCCGUCGGAUAUAAGGCCGAUUACAGGAGAGUAUGUCGAGCGUGUUUCGCCAGUGACUGCAUAUCCAACAGCAGGAUCUGGGUCGGAUAGGAUUUUAAGCCCACUAAGCCCACUGGACAACAGCGAAGAGGGGACGGUGGUAAAGAGGAGGUUUUCGUUUGAGGAUUAA